AUGUCUGCAUCACACCCUUACGUCCUCGAUAACGAUGACGACAGGCCUAUUGACAAUGAGGAGAGCGAAUUUGAUCUAAUCGACUAUGACUCUAACGAUGACGAGUCCGAGGUUAUUUCUCAUAAUCCCUGUGCCAGCUCGACUGCCUCUGGACCCAACCUUGCAAGAGCUUCCUCACUUCAGCACCCAGAAGUCUUGAUAGAAAGCUACCGCUUGGGCAAAGGUUUAGUUAUUAGACCAGAGCAAACAGUCGAGCUGCAUGACCACUUGACAUAUGAAGUCAAUAUCAGGCAUAGUGGUGAUUUCCUCCGCGUCAAGUACAUCAUCAUGAACUUGGAGACGGAUGAGGUCCGGCUCCGUGGUUAUCGAAUGCGACGCGUCAAAUACCUUGGCCAGUUGUUUGACUGGAAGUUAAAUGAGCUCGCAAUGGUACUGCGUAUCAAGGAACAAGACGACCGCACUCCACUCGUUGCUGGGCUGGAAGAUGUCAACAUCGAUGAAGUUUACCGCAUACGCGAUUGUACGCUAACUAAUAAGCCGUACCCCUUCCUCAGUUUCCGGACUAGUGGCAGAUUGGCUGUGCCUGUUGGCAUAAAUCAGGAAGAGAUUAAACUCCAAAUCUUCCAUGCAGGGAGACUCACUUGCAGAGUUAUCAACAUACAAUACAUGAACCAACACGGCAAAUCAUACAGUGGCGUUGUCCGCUAUCUCUAUGGAGAAGAGGCAGACAAACUUGGGAACGUGGAUCAGUUGACGCAAGCCGGUGCAUCUCGAAAGACAGCAAUAUCUAUCGGAGUUGAGGAUGAUGAUUGCGUAAUUGUUACGAAAGAUUGCUUUACUUCUAGGAACAGGAAGCGUCGUAUGCGCGCCGAUUCUUCUGGUUUGGCCACUCCAAGAAGCAAGGCCACAUUCAGUAGCAAGAGAGACCAACUGACCUAUGGAGACGUCUAUUGUGGCGUCGGUGGUGCAUCUCAAGGCGCUUUGCAAGCGGGGUACUCAGUUGCUUGGGGGUUGGACAAAGAUGAUCGCGCUGUCGAAGCUUACAAGCUGAACCACCGUAGUGCUUAUGCGUUCAAGAUGGAUGCACACAAUUUUCCGCCACCAGGUAUCAGCAAGGAGGCAUGGAGGGUAGAUGUCCUUCACCUUUCACCUCCAUGCUGUUAUUGGAGUCCUGUGCAUACUCAACCAGGACCGAAUGACCAAGAAAAUUAUGAAGCCUUAUAUACGGUUGGCCCAAUCCUGAAGAAAGUCAAGCCUCGAGUGGCAACACUCGAGCAGACCUCUGGUCUAUUGACGAGCCGAGCGCAUAAACGUAACUUUUUUACGCUGCUCAAUGACAUUGGCCAUGCUGGAUACGACUUACAAUACAAGAUCCAAGACUUGUCAGAAUUUGGUCUCGUGCAGCAACGUAAGCGGCUUCUUAUCAUUGCUGCUAGGCGUGGGAUGCCUUUGCCACCUUUCCCGAAACCUACACAUGGGCCUCCUGGUAGCGGCCUGAAGCCCCUUGUCUCCAUCGCAGAUGCGCUCCUGCCACUGAGACAACUUGGGUAUGAAGCCGCUACCGAUCCUUACAACCAACCUCGAUUCUUCGCUUCCCCUAGAACACCCUAUAACAUGAAUUCACAUCUGAAAGGCUGCAUCACCACAGGAGGUACUACCUCAUAUCAUCCCUCUGGCACACGACCGUUCACCGCAAGAGAACUUUCGCUCUUUCAAAGUUUCCCGCCUAACUACCAAUUUACUGGAUCGAAAAGUGAGGCGACGAAACAAGCAGGAAACGCAUUUCCACCUAUAAUGGCUGAGGCUUUGUACCGCAGUAUAGCCAAAACUUUGAAGGCAUACGACCAGGACCUGAUUGGAGCGGGAAACGUCGAAGAGCUUUGCAGAAAUGGCGAAGAGAUCAUCAACUUACUCAGUGAUGACGAUGACGAUGAAGAGAUUGAGAUUCUCAGUGACUGA